UUUGUUCGAAAGAAAUUUCAGAAAAUGUUGUCCUACUCUCAAGUUAAAGCACUAGUUUUCUUGGUGUGUGCGGUCGGUGUGUACUCUGAUUGCCGAGAAGAAGACUGGAGUGCCAGCUUUGAUUUCCAAGGUCUGUCUGAGUGCAAGCGACCCGGUGACGUCAUUUCCGGGUUUUACCGAAGAGACGCCGACGCGGUGGGCGAUGGUCUCCGGAAACUUGACACAGUUGAAUGCUGCUCAAAACCGGCUCAGUGGAAACUUAGCGUCGACUAUGUCGUGGCUAACUGGUGGAGCGUAUUAAACAAACCUAACACCUGGGCUACCUGUCAACCUGGGCAUUUCCUGGCCGGACUCUACAGAACUCUGGCCAACAACGAGCUGAGCGAUAUUGAAGAAGGUCGGUGUAUUAAAGCGGGAGAUCACCCCGACAGCUACGGCGAAUGUUCGGAUGUUGACAUAAGUUCCUGUAUUAAGAAAGCCGGAUGGUGCAAGUGCCCUGAUGAGACGUAUGUUGUCGGCAUAUAUCGGGGUAGAUGCAAUGACUUGAGCUGUCUGGUCAAGCUACGUUGCUGCAAGUUCGCUGAAGCGUAACGCAUCCGAUUUGUUUGUUUUUUCUGACACUGCAAAUAAAUAAAUAUAAAGCUCACUUUAAACAUCAGAGAGUGGAAAUAUGUAAAACUAUUAUUAAAUGAGGCAAUAUUUCACCUUAAGUUAGAACAGAUUAGCGUAGUAUAGUAUUGUUAUCUCAAUAAAUAAUAAAAAAAAAUAAAAGAGGAGAAAUAAAACAGAACAUUCAUAUAUUGUUAAAAUUGCGAUUUUUAAAUAUAAAUCUUAAAUUAUAUAUGUAUCCUUAUUUUUUUU